CCGUUAGAAGAGCGCUCAGAAUCGCAAGCUUGCAAAAAAAAAAAGACGGAAAAAUACCGAAGAAGGAUGAAGAAGGAAGUUUCGGAAGAUGGCGGUUGCAGCAGUGAAUUCUUUCGAUUCUUGGCUAAGUGAAAAACUUCAGGCUUUAAAUACUGAUGAGGGAGUUUUUGGAUCUUACAUCAAGGGAAUUUUGGAAGGCGACGAGAGCGAGGAUGAAAAAACGGAAGCUUUAGAAGGCAUUCUCGCCGGCAUAACGGAGGAGAAUAUCGAGAAACACGUCUCGGAAAUCUUGAAGGCCUGGGCGGAGUGUCUGCCCGAGGAGGAGGUGGAGAAUGCGAGCGGUCCCGCGGAAGACGUGGACGUGCGACUGGCGCGCCUCCUGGAAUCUCAGAGUCUGCCGACAAUGGCCCAGAGGAGUUACACGGAGGAGGAGAAGCGAAUUCGGGAGGUGAUUCUCGCGCAGUACAGCGAAAUGCCGGAAGGGGAGGAGAGCGACGCGGAGGGGGAGGAAGAGGGCGCUGCCGGCGGCGACAUUGGAAUCGAGAGGAACACCAAUGCCUCGAAUAUUGCCCAGCAGGAGCGCGAGAAGCGCGAGAGGUCGAAGCUCGAGAGCCAGAAGAAGAAGGACAAGGACAGAGAGGAUCGAGAGAAGCAGAAGCAACUUAAAGAAGAGAAGAAGGAAAAGCGCAAAACCCAGAAGGGCGAACGACGAAGGUAGCAUUUCAAAAUCAACUUGAAGUCCCUCAUUUACAUUUAUCGAAUUGAAGUUUUUUUCAUUUAAAUACAGAUUCAUCGUGUGCGUGUAUUUAUAUUUCGAAAUCAGAAUGUUUUUUUUGUUGUUUUUUGUUUUUUCUUUUCUUUUUUAGUUUCAGCAAUUAAUAAUUUUGAAAUAAUUUCUGAAAUAGGUUCUAAAAAAACCUCAGUUUUUGCGAAAAAGCAUGUGCCAUCUUUUAAUAUUGAUUUUCUUUUUUCUUAGCCAUUUUUUCUCGCGUAUCUUUUGUAUAAAGAAGAUUUGACUUUGUUUUUUUAUUUUGGCCAUCGAUGAUAUUUUUUAAUAUUGAUAUUUGAUAUCAUUGCUGUGUGUUGCAACUGGCCAAAAUCUGCGCGUUUGUGAUUUGCUUCGUGGAGAGAAUAAAAAGUGUAUUACGGAAAA